UGUUUUGGCGGGCUUUGGCGCAGUGAUUUGAUUACCCCGGUUAGGCGGGUCACCCCACUCCGCAGCUUUCACCUGGAGAAAACUCCGGGUAAUCCGCCUUGGUGGAGUACCCCACCUAACAUGUGAACACGAUCAAGAAAAAAAAGAGAGAUUGUAUGGAUAGACUGGUUACCCCACCAAGGCGGGGUACCUCACCUGCCCGAGGUCCCCCAAUUCCAUGUGAACAGGCCCCUGAUACACGAAGGACACGAAGGACACGAAGGACACGAACAAGAUACCUUCCGGCGACCAACCGCUGACCGAACUCGAGAGACUCUGGGCUCCAGUUUCCAGGUUUCUCUCGGCAAUAAAAAACAAAAUGUCGGGCUUUUUCUUGGCGGACAAGAAAGGUUCUUCGUCGAAGCCAAGGAAAAGACAAGCUAAAUCAUCUCAGGUGUUGGGAUCCAAAACUAAGAAGCAAAAGAGCAAAAAGCCAUCGAAGAAGGUUGAAUACAUAGAUGAAGAUGAACUGGGAAGUGAUUCAGACAUUCCAAGUGAUAGGGAGGAAGAUAUGGUUGAAGAGGGAGAGGAGAGGGAUGUUGAGACUGCUCAAGAGAAGCGACUUCGUCUUGCCAAGCAAUACUUAGCACAGUUAGAGAGUGAAGAACAAAAAAAGAAAGAGUCAGAUGACAUAGAUCAUGAUGCUAUUGCUCACAGACUUAAACAGGAUGUUCUCGAGCAAACAGGCAGAUUACAGAAAAGAAUAGCUUCUCAGUACACACAGCCCUCUCCUGCUGCGAUCAGAGUUCUGAGAGGUCAUCAGCUGUCAGUCACAUGUCUGUGUGUGUCACCUGAUGACAAAUUUAUUUUUUCUGCUUCAAAAGACUGCUCCAUCAUCAAAUGGAAUAUAGAAACAGGCCAGAAGGAGGGGAAGAUCUCAGGCUGUCACAAAGCUAGUGAAGGAAACAAAGGCCACAAGGGACAUGUUCUGUGUCUUGCUGUUACUUCUGAUGGCAAGUUUUUGGCUAGUGGCGGAAGAGACAAAGUAAUUCACAUCUGGGAUCCUUGCUCACUUCAUCACCUUCACACAUUCAAAGGACACAAGGAUGCAGUAUCAGGUGUGGCUUUUAGACGGGGAACUCACCAGCUUUUCAGUUGUUCUCAUGAUCGCACAGCAAAAAUUUGGAAUCUGGAUGAGAUGGCUUAUGUAGAAACUUUAUUUGGACAUGAAGACAGCAUCACUGCCAUCGACAGCUUGACAAGGGACAGAGCUGUGAGUGCUGGAGGAAGAGACCGAAGUCUUCGCGUGUGGAAAGUAGUUGAGGAGUCGCAGUUGGUUUUUAAUGCACCAGGGAACAUAGGGUCAUUGGAUUGUGUGCAGUUAAUUAAUGAUGAGCACAUGGUUUCUGGUGCAGAUGAUGGCUCACUAUCUUUGUGGAGUGUGACGAAAAAGAAGCCUUUGUGUACAGUUGCAAAUGCUCACUGUAAACCUGAUAACAGUUCUGAUGAGUGCAUACCAGAUGAGAGUUGGAUAACGUCAAUAGCAUCUUUGCGAAGUACAGAUCUCUUGGCUUCAGCAGGUUCUUGUGAUUCAUGCAUCAAACUCUGGGAGUGUGGAGAUGGUUUCCGAAGUCUCAAGCAGCUCUUCUCAAUACCUAUGGUUGGGUUUGUGAAUGCAUUGUCCUUUUCUAAUGAUGGAAAUGCCCUCAUAGCAGGCAUUGGACAAGAACACAGACUGGGCAGAUGGUGGAGACUUAAAAAUGCAAAGAACUCUGUUUGUGUUAUACCAUUACAGAGAACAGUUGAAAAUGGAGGUCAUGCAUGACAUCUACAAAUAUGUACAUCAUGUAAUGAUAAGCUUCUGGUAAUAAUGUAAAAAGCUGAGCUACAUGUAUCUUGAAACACAGAAUGCUGUUUAUUGCAAAAUAACUAAUGGCUGUAUAUUAUUCUGGUUAUUGGUGGAUAUGUAAUAAGAAAAUCAGUCAUUUCAAUGUG